CUCGCUUUUAGUCAAUCAGAUUUGUCUUCUUUUUUAAUAUUUAUAUCUUUUAUUGUGUUUUUCGUAUCCAUCGUACUUUGUUUUUGGACCUUAUGUCAGCUUCACAAACGCCUGGUCCUGUCGACGAAUUGACACCACCCAGGGAAUAUGACGACGAUGAGUUUAGUGAGGAUCAUGACCGGAAGAUAGGUGAAGAACAGGAAUCGUCAUCGCUUUCGAUAAAUUACAAUAAUGCAGCAGAUCUUUUUAGAUUACUGCAAGCUAGAUUACAAUAUGCACAGAUCAAGUUAGAGACGGGAUUAUCAACGGAGAAUUUACAACAGAUCGAGCGUUCCUUUAUCACAUCACCCCGACAACCCCGCAGACCCCUUCCAUCAGAAUACCCUCCCACACCGCAGUCGUCGACCCCACAAUCACGUAAAGUGAAGAGAAUGUUACUCUCAGCAAUGACACCCAGCCAGAAUUCAUGGAGACGAAAGAAAAGAGUGCGACAUCAACAACAAAUACAAGAAGAAAGCACCGACUUGUUGGAAGAAGAAGAGGAUGCAGCGAGAACUAUUUUGAUGUUGGGCGCCUCUCGCUCGUACUCACCUUCCAAUACCUCACCGGAAACGCCUAAAACAAACAUAUUGCAGCAACACAGCUCUACCUCUCCCGAGUUCCGUAUUCGACGAAGGAAAUUUGCAUAUGAUACUGACCAGGAGGAAGAGGAAGAGGGAGAGGGAGAGGAAGAAGAAGAGAACCAGCAUCAGCCACGUCCAGACUUAUUUGCGGCUGUAGCCAAGAUACCCAAUUACGAAGAAAAGAGUCGCCAAUUUGCUCAAAGCAUCCUGCGAAGGCGAAGCCAACAACUCCAGGACAAACCACCAAAACUUGGCAAAGAAUUACCACCGCUUUCACCAGCAGCACCACCACCGCCGCCAGCCAUUGUCUCACGAUAUGAUAAUGCCAGUGGAUCGACCUAUCAGUAUUAUGAAUACGAUAGACCCUUGCCGCCACCUCCACCUUAUUCUCAUAAAUAUAGGCAAUCGUCCUUUCACGACGAGGAGCAAACCCGUGGCACAACACAGGAAUUGCAUUCAAGCGUACAUGAGCCGUCUUUGCCAUCUCAGCAUGCUGAAACAAAACAUUAGAUACCCUUUGUAGCAUUUAUUAUUACUUUCUUCCACUCUUUUUAUUCAUUCGUUUCAAACUAUCUUGUAAUUAAAGUAUUUUCUAAUUCUGAUAAUCAAAAUAUUUUAGCCCAGAAUUUGUGUCACUUAAAUGGAUCAUGCCCU